GUUUGUGUUUCAUCCAUCAAUGGCGUCACACGUGUUCUGAUACUCUGAGGUAAGGUGUGAAAGUUGAGUUAAAAAAACAGCAUAUCAAAUAGGAAAGAUUAUCUCUGAACAAGGAGGAAAAACAGCAACAGCAUCCACCACGGUCCACAGAACAUAACGUUUCAGACACCACCACCUCAGCCGCAGCCGCCAUUGAUGGGUGCUACAGAGCCUGCGGAGGAGAAAGAGAGUGAUGGGGGUGAAGAGAGAGUUGAGAAUGAGAAGAAAGAAGAGGAGGAAGCGAAGGAUGUGGAGAAAGGUGAGGUGGGUUUUCAAGAGCAGGUGAUUGGGAGCGAUGGCCAUGGAGAUUUUCAUGUUUCAAGGAUGCAGAGGCUGAAUCCCUCAAACCCUUUGAGGCUUGUCAUUAACAGUGCCACUAGAGUUGGAACUCCCUCUCCUCCUCAGCCUGUUCGUCCUGCUCGUCCUGCUCGUCCUUCUCAGCCUGCUCAUCCUGCUCAUCCUGCUCAUCCUGCUCCUGUUCAUCGUGCUCAGCCUCGCUCUACACCAACACAAACACCAACCCCACAACAGUCGUCGCUGACGACACUGAAUUCAAGAGCAUACACCAAUAGAAUAUCUAUGGUUGUGUUCCUUCUGCACACGGUUGUGGCUGUUGCGCUAGUUUGUUUUCUUAUAUUCAAGGGAAUUCAAGGGUUGAUUGGAGGAGCAUCAACAUCUGUCCAAAGAAAAGAGAAAAAUGUUUUAACGCAUUAUCUGCCGCAAGUUGAAGCUGCAUCUCUUUUAAGCAUUACUCUUGCAUUUACAUGGCAAAAGGCUCUCAGGGAAUGGCCAACAAUCAUGAUUCAUUUUAUACUAUGGAGCUCUUUUCUCAUGACGCUAUCUGCCGGAAUUCUCCUUAUUUGCUUCCAAAAGCCUCCCACCGAUGGUGUCGGAGUCUGUUUUAUUGCCUUCGCAAUAGGCAUUGGAUUAUACGCUUGUUGGGUCACACGGCGAAUCGGGUUUUGCUGUAAGGUCUUGAUGAAGUCGCUUGAACCCGUUUCAAAGUUCCCUGAUUUGAAUCAACCUAUUUAUUGGAUGCUUGGGGUUGGAUUCUUGUGGAUGUCCCUGUGGAUUUUAGCUGUGGUUGGAGCCUUGAAUUUUUACUUUCCCCCAUUGAUCUUAAUUGCAUUGGUUUUGAGCUUGGCUUGGACUGCUGAAGUAAUGAGAAACAUUGCUAAUUUAACUGUAAGUAGGGUCAUUGCUCUGUAUUAUCUCAGGGGAAUGCAAUGUAAUACUCAGUACUGCUUCCAAAGAGCCUUGACUCGGAAUCUUGGAAGUGCUUGUCUAGGCUCCGUCUUUGUGCCAUCAAUUGAGGCCCUGAGAAUUGUUGCUCGGGGUUUAAAUUUGCUCGAGGGAGAAGAUGAGUUCAUGUUUUCUUGUGCACAUUGCUGUCUCAGAGUCAUGGAGUCCAUCUUCAGAUAUGGAAAUGGCUGGGCCUUUGUGCAGAUAUCAUCAUAUGGAAAAGGUUUCGUGAAGGCCUCACAAGACACUUGGGAGCUCUUUGAGAGGCAAGAAAUGGAACCUAUUGUUGACUCUGACAUAACCAGCUCAAUUUGCUUCCUGACGGGAGUCUGUAGCGGCUCUAUCUGUGUCAUAGUUGUGGCUGCUUGGACAGCCAGAGUGCACCAAAGUUUCACAGCCACCAUUUCUCUCCUUGCUUUCUUCAUUGGAUACCUCAUGACCAGGAUUGCCAUGGCAGUACCGUACGCCUGUGUGAGUUGUUAUUACGUUUGCUACGCGGAGAAUCCCGAGAACAGGCUGUUCGAUAAUUUGAUAAAAGAUCGUCUCAACAUGUUUAAGUCCGGCCGCGAUGUGGUUGUGCCUACACCCCGAGUCCCCCGCCAGUUUGCAGCAACAACGUAGCCCGGGCUCAGCUUAAGGUAUGCAAAUUAUGUGGGCAUCAUUUUGGUCAUGCUAUCAAGAUGUACCAUACUUUGAUUACCCUCAACUGGGGUUGAGACUUGAAACCAACCCAACUGAACUCAAGCUAAAUGAUACACAAUGGUUGAGGUGGUGGUGGCCAUGACAAUGAUUUGAAUGCGAAAGUUCAACCAUUAUUGGAUGUUUUGGUAUUGGAAGGAAAGUGGAGAGCCCACCUGAGAUUCCAAUGAACAGGCAGGCUACAAAACAAAGUGCCUUUUGGUCAUGUCUUUGUAUAUGCAUAUACUUUUUGGAUAUUCCAAUGCAAAAUAGUCCCAUCAUUAUUUUAUUA